AUUAAAUUCAUCUCUGCUGUCAUCGCCACUGCCGUCGCUGUCGUCUCUGCUGCUCCUCUUGAGAAGCGUAUCGUCACUGGCAAGUCCUUCGAUCACUUCAUGGUUGUUGUUCUUGAGAACGAGGAUUACUCCGCUGUCAUGAAGAACACUUACAUGAGCGGUCUUGCUGCCGCCCAUAACGGUACUCUUUUGACCAACUACCUUGCUGUCACUCAUCCCAGUCAGCCCAACUACAUCGCCAUGAUUGGUGGUGCCACUCUUGGUUUCUCCAGCGACAGCGAUGGUACCACUAGCUCCAGCAGCAUUGUUGAUCUUUUGGAACCCGCUGGUAUCACCUGGAAGGAGUAUGCCGAAAACUACACUCCUCUCAGCGGAGGUGGUUGCGACACUAGCUCUUCCCAAGCCAGCGGCCUCUACCGUCGCAAGCACAACCCCUUCAUCUCCUUCACCAAGGUCACCAGCAGCGCUGCCCGUUGCGCAAACAUCGUCCCCGCUACUCAGCUUCAAACUGAUAUCUCCAGCGGUAACCUUCCCCAAUUCAUGUUCUACACCCCUAACAUGAACAACGACGGUCACGAUACCAGCUUGACCACUGCUGCCACCUGGCUCAAGGGAUUCAUCGAGCCUCUUUUGGCCAACACUGCCUUCAACAAGCGCACUGCUGUCUUGCUUACCUGGGAUGAAAGUCUCAGCACCAGCGGUAACGACCAAGUCUGGUCCGUCCUUGUUGGUACCGGUGUCGUUCCCCAAGCUAAGAACGUUGACAGCACUGCCUACAACCACUAUUCCAUCCUUGCCACCGUUGAGAAGAACUGGGGUCUUGGCAACCUUGGCCAAAAGGAUGCCACCGCUACUGCCUUCAAGUUGUAAAGAAAAAUGCUUGAUCAGCAGCAGCAUGAGAUGCUAUCGAAAGAUUAUAAAAAUUAAUGAUUACAUUAUUUAUAUAUACAUUAAAAUUGAAAACAUCAGUGCCUUUAUAUUUGCAAUAUUGAAAUGCGUAUUGAGCGUAUGGGGCUUUCAUACGAGAGUGCGGACAACCAUGACGCAUUGAUCGGUGUUUGGGACGCAGUUGUAGCAGGUAUUGCAGACUAUCGGACGAAUCAAAGUCUCUUCGCUGUGUUCGAAUACGUUUAGCACUUGAGGAACAGUUU